AAGAUGGACGACUUGACGUUUGGAUUGCACAGGCUGGUGCAUUUAGAUUUGAAAGGUGCUCCUCCACGAGUUUGUUACUUCGAAAAGCUAUUUCCUCUUUUGAGAACAUGGGGUGCUACUGGUAUUCUUCUGGAAUGGGAAGAUACAUUUCCAUACAAUCGAGAGCUUUUUCAUAUAGGAAGCAAUGGAUUAAGUACUUUUACCACUGGGUACACGGCUCAGGAGGCUAAACACAUCUUACAGAUAGCUGGAGACUGUGGUUUAGCAAUUGUUCCUUUAGUACAAACAUUCGGACACAUGGAGUUUAUUCUGAAGCACAAUGAAUGGAAAUCCUUAAGAGAGGUGGAACAUUUUCCAAGCUCAAUAUGUCCCUCUAAUCCAAGGACACUGCCUAUGAUCGAGUCCUUGAUCAGGCAGAUAGUUAGUUUUCAUCCGGACAUACAGUAUUUACAUAUAGGUGCAGAUGAAGUCUGGCAUCUAGGCCUUUGCUCAGUGUGUACAAAACGUGCUGCGUCUAGUAAAUAUGGAAAGCCAUCUCUGUACCUGGAACACAUCCUGGCUGUUGCACAAUAUGUGCACGAAACAUAUCCCUACUUGAAGAUUAUCAUAUGGGAUGAUAUGCUAAGAUCAAUAGAUUUACAGGUUUUGAAUGACCACUAUAUUGGAAAAUAUGUAGAGCCCAUGAUUUGGCACUACAAUGCUAGGGAUAAUUUUGCUUUACCUUAUGGACUGUGGGAUAAGUAUACUGCAGUUUUUCCAAAUGUCUGGGCAGCCACUGCAUUUAAAGGUGCCACCGGGUCUUCGCAACAUGUACCAGUAAUAAGGCAUCAUAUAAGUAAUCAUGAAAAGUGGCAGGAAGAAUUAAGCACACAUGUGAAUAAAGUUCGCGUAUUUCGAGGGACAGCUUUUACUGGCUGGUCGAGGUAUGAUCAUUAUGCAACAUUGUGUGAAUUAUUACCUACAUCAAUACCAUCCCUAGCAUUGUGUUUAAAAGUUUGGCUCCAUGGUUACUCUGAACAAGUGCACAAUCAAGUGACUAAAAGCUUAGGAUAUAUAGAUCAUCCUUUGCAUAUAACACCACAGCCAAGACCUGCUCCAAUACCCAGUAAUUUGCUCUUCCCUGGGUGGCAGGUUGCAGUAGGUGUAGAGUGGUUUUUAAACUUCAAAGCUAAAUAUCAUAAUAUUGUUAGCAGUGAACAAAUAUCGACAUGGAUGAAUCCAUGGCAAGUGGCAAAUAAUUAUACAAAUCCAAUGCAGUUAGAGAAUUUAGUACCUGCUUUCACAGAAUUAUUAUUAGAAUUAUCUUCCUUAGAAGGUUACUUGAGGUUUCAAAUGGAAAGCAUUUUUUUCUCUACGAUGGUCGACGAAUGGAUAGGCACACAUAUCCAACCCAUGAAAGAGAAACUCGUUGAGUUAAAACAAACCGCAGAAAAUCAAAUAAAAUUGAAUAGUCGUAUCUAG